UGCUGGACUCUUCGGAAGGAUUGGCUUCCCGUUAAAAAGACUGAGACAGCCAAGAAGAGCACAUUUCUAAAUCCCUCAUCAUUAUAUCCUGAGGAGGGCUUUGAUGUUCCUGACUGUAAGAAAGGGAAAAUUAAUGAGGAUAAGGAAGAAGAAACUGCAGAACAAAGCCCUGAAUCUCAGGAAAGUGAAGCAUAUUCACAGCCAUCUACAUCUAGCAGUAUGCUUUGUAGUAGCCAAGACUAUAAAGAAUCUGAGAAAGAAAACAUGGAAGACAAAGAAGAAAGACUGGAACUGGGGAAGCCUGUCUCCAGUGUAGAGCUUUGUGUCAGAUGUCAAACAAGACCUAAAAAUGGUUGCAUAGUACAUGGAAGGACAGGACAUUUAAUGUCAUGUUUUGUAUGUGCAAAAAAGCUGAAGAAAAGGAACAAACCUUGUCCAGUCUGUAGGCAGCCUAUUGAGAUGAUAAUACUAACUUAUUUUUGCUAGCUGCAGUACAAGCGACCGUUCCUACAUGAAGAAUAAAUAACACAAUGCAAUUUUGAAUGUUUACAGGCAUAUAUUUAUUUUCCAAGUUUCCUCCUCCAAUAUUUUUAUUGUAUCUAAGUGGUUAUUGGCUUAAAGUGGUUAAAGAGCUUAAAGCUGACAUGAAAAAAACUAGUUCUGACAGAUCCCUUAAUGCAGAUUAAAACAAGAAGGAGGCAGUUGUUUUGGAAACAAGUUUUACAAUCUGUUCCCAAUGUAAAAGCUCUACCUUUGCCUCAAUGAAUCCAAAGUUUUGGUAGAGUUACGUUCUUUAGGCUACCAUAUGUGUAUUUCUUUGGUGAAAUUAUAAAGGAUGACUUACAUUUGUGUUGUAGUCAAGUAUUAUGGCAAGAA